CAAAAUAAUACUGACACAUUAGAACUCAUCUGUUUCAUGUUCAGGAAUAUAGUUAUGAGCUACUUUACUAUACUACGUUUCAACCAAGCUACAACUUUAAAUAGAUAUUUGUUAGAAAAGUGUUUGAGGCAAUAUAUAAUAGUUCGUGCAAACGUAUAUUCCACUGGUAUUAAUAACAAUCAUCAAAAGUAUACCUGUAAAAAAGAACGUAUUGCUAGGAGAAAAGCAUUAAGAUCACGAAUACUUCAAGAUAUAAAGCAUACUAAACGAAAAGUAGAGGAAAUUAUAGAGAAGGAAAAUAUUUGGACAUUGCCAAAUUUACUUUGUAUGGGUAGGAUUGUAACAUCACCUUAUUUAAGUUACCUAAUUUUGUCACAGGAUUACGAGGUAGCACUGUGGCUAUUAAUAAUAGCAGGAUUCAGUGAUGUAGCAGAUGGAUGGAUCGCACGUACAUGGACAUCUCAAGCUUCAAAACUGGGUAGUUUCUUAGAUCCAUGUGCAGAUAAAUUACUUGUAGGUACAUUGUUCCUUUCACUGGCCUGGGUAGGAUUGGUUCCUAUUCCUCUGACGUGUCUUGUUGUUGUGAGGGAUGUUGCCUUGGUUUCUGCUGCUUCAUACAUCAGAUACCGAUCUUUACCCCCACCAAAAACCCUGGCAAGGUAUUUUGAUCCUACACAUGCAACUGCACAGUUGGCCCCAACGUACAUAAGUAAAAUCAAUACUGGUAUUCAGUUAUCUUUUGUUGCUGGAACAUUGGCUGCUCCUAUAUUUCACUUUGUAAAUCAUCCGAUUCUAGAGGGUCUGUGUUAUGUCACAGCAUUAACAACAUUAGCAGGUGGUAUAAGUUACUUGAUAUCAAAGAAUACAUAUAAAUUAUUAAGUAAGAAGACUCCCACAAAGCCAUCACAAUAGGCGCAUCCUGUAUAUUAUUAAUGAUCAAGCUCAAAAACAUACAGCAUUAUCAUUCUUUACAAAUUUAUUACUUUCUCUCUAC